ACUUUUCCAAGUUAACCCUAUUUUGAGUAAAGGUGAAAAGAGUUUUAGGGUUCUUGGCAGCCGAUGAAGAAGGUACGACCGGGUCUCUACAUUGGCAACCAGUUCGACGCAUUCUACUUCCUUACUGGUAAGCACAGGGGCGUCACUCACAUCCUUUCGGUGGUGCCCCUAUGCCCAGGCCACGAAUUCUCGACGCCCCUGGGGCCUCCAAGGGAUAACGCCAUCGUCUACAAGAUCGCCGCUGAGCUUGACACCAAGUGCGCCGAUUUUGAUGGAGCUAUCGUCAGGAAAGUGAUCCCAGUGGAGGAUAGCCACGACGAAAACCUGCUGGAACACCUCGAGGACGCGCUCAAGUUCAUCGACGAGGGUGUGAACAAGGGCAUAGUGCUGGUACACUGUGGUGGUGGCAUCUCCCGCAGUGCGUCCGUGGUGAUUGCGUACCUUAUGUGGAAAGAGAAGCUCUCGGCCAGUGAGGCGUUGGCGUCGCUCAGGAAGUGCAGCCCGACUGUGAAGCCAAACAGUGGAUUCAUGAAGCAGUUGCAGGUGUUUGAGUCGUCUGGUUGCGUGGUCCGGGUGCAUGGCAAAAAGGAGCACAACCGAAGGACAAAGGCGAUGAAAACCUGCAGGAUAUGCAAUCGAGUGGCACCAAGUGAAGAGUUCCUUAUAUGCCCCUAGUGAUUUUCUCCAGCUUUAGCUUUGGAGUAUCAACGUUUUGCAGAUAACGUUCCAGUUCUCGUAGCUCUAGCAAUCGUUGCCGUGAAUGAACAAAUGCUCCCCUAGACAUUUUGAGAAAA